UGCACCCACCCCCAUCACCCCCAUCACAUCACUGAUGAUAUUUUCGGUGGCUGCCGAGCUCCCAGAUGCCUCACUGUUUCUCUAAGGUAAAUUCCGUUGAUUUCAAACACCCUGAGUAUCUGCCUGCAAACUGACUGAUAGAAUCACCAUGCAAGUGCUGGCAAGACAGCUAAGCCCACCGAAGUGGGUAGAAUUCAUUCCAAACACUACUGCAUUAGGAAGAGAGCUGAAGUUGGUAGUGAGUCACCGACGAUCUUAUAGUACUUUGGCUUCUAUCAUUUGGAAACCAGUAAAGAUCGAAUACACCACAAACAAGUUGUGCCAAUGACGGUUUGCAUGGCUUUGAGUUAGAUGCAAAAGUUAGUCCUCUGUAGACUCCCAUUGGCAAAGAUCCUGCAUGACCAAGGCCGUUUGCUCCCCUUCUCUUGGUACGCUGAAUUCCCUCUCCCAUUCUCCGUCCAUGAAGCUGAGUAGAGCUCUGUCCACGCCGUAGAGAUCUGUUCACUCUAGAACUCGGAACCCUCCAGACUCAGGUUGCUUCAAGGGGUAGCCAGGAGGCUCAUUGUGGUGCCAUGGCCUUGGCAGUGGGUUUGGAGGAACACGAAAACCAGCUUGUGCAGUCAGAGGGUUUGUACAAGAGUCACAAUUGUGAGGCUGUCUUUUCUCCUGGACCUGAACAUUGGCUCUGGUUACUGGCAGCCAUCUUAUCACCAUGUGGACUCAGACUGAAGCCAACAGAGGAGAGAGCGGAGCCAGGUUCCGGCACCUUCCUCUGAGCCUUGGAACACGCUGUGCUUUCAGCCGGCUGGCUCUACCCCCUGGACUCUGAGGUUACAGAAGCCAGGCUUGGUCACUUGGCAGGUGCAGGUGCUUAGCUGUACCUUGGAAAAGCCACCACCACCUCUGGGCCUGCCACGAUGUGUCUGCGGCUGUUGCAGCUCCUCCUCCUCUGCCUUUUCUUCCUCCUCACCAGGGGCUCAUUUUGGAAGUCAACACACAGCGAUUUGAACAUCAAUGAGAUCUGCAUCCAGAGCAGCAGGUGCAAGAGCGGGUGCUGCCGCCGGGCGCCCGAAAUCUGCGAGUCGUACUGCAGCAGGAGGGGGUCCGAGGGCCACCUGUGCCACACGCAGAUGUUCUCAGGCCUCUAUAACGAGUGUCCCUGCCAGCUCAACCUGACUUGCGUGUUUCCGAAGAAUCAGAAAUCCUUUCACAUCAUCUACGGCCGUUGUCAGAAGAUGGCAAAAAAGAAGCAGACUAAGAAAGGGUUCUUCUAAUGGCCCACCCAGAAUUGCGGGUUCCCGUCCCUGGCCCCCAGGAUCUCUGCCAACGGGGAGGGAUGGUGCUGUCAUUGAAAUAAAGAGUUCUCAACGUUUGCUGCCCGCAGAGCUGGGGCCUGGGGCUGGGCUGG